AGAUACGACAUGUGUCUACCAAAAGUGUCCGAAGUAUGAGUGUAGUUGCGCAGCAGUUCAACCUGUUUUUCGACUUCAAGGUUGAACCACUCUGUGAACUUAUUUCCGUUAGACAACGUCGUUGGAAGACAGAAGACACGAACAGGUCCAACUCAGGAAGUUAAGAGACAGCAAUUCUGGAGGAAACGCCUUUCAUUUGCAAGUUCUCCUCUUUAGAGGUGGAGAUGAACAUUUUGGAAAGUACAAGGAACGUCAAUGAAAACCGUGAAGGUUAAACAGACGAGAAGAGAAUGAAGCCACAGGAACAUGGAGCAAAGGGCGGCUGUCAUUAUUAAGGCUUUUCCAGCAUCUCCUCCAGACAUGACGUUCAACACUGUGCUGUAGAGACACAAGCUUGACCUGAAGAGCAACGUCACUUCUUUUUAAAGGUAUUGAAUAAAUGCCAGGCCUGUCAAUGAAGGAGAAAAGCGAGUGGGUCCCAACGAUUCCAUCUUACCCAUAAUGCCAUCGUCCACGCGAAAAGGAACAGUGAAGGAUCCAGAGUUUGCCGAUCUCUUCUUCAAAGAGGACCCGAAGAUGUAUUCUCAUGACCUCCAUGAAAUCGGCCAUGGGAGUUUCGGGGCAGUCUACUUUGCCCGGAACUCAUACACCAGUGAGGUGGUGGCCAUUAAGAAGAUGUCCUACAAUGGCAAACAGACCACAGAGAAAUGGCAGGACAUCAUCAAAGAGGUGAAGUUUCUGGAACAGCUGAGACAUCCCAACACCAUCGAGUACAAAGGCUGCUACUUAAAGGACAACACUGCCUGGUUAGUAAUGGAGUACUGUUUGGGCUCUGCUUCCGACCUACUAGAGGUUCAUAAGAAACCACUCCAAGAGGUGGAAAUCGCUGCCAUAACCCAUGGUGCCUUGCUGGGACUAGCUUAUCUACAUUCCCACAACAUGAUUCACAGGGAUGUGAAGGCUGGAAACAUCCUGCUGACUGAGCCGGGCCAAGUCAAGCUGGCCGACUUUGGCUCAGCGUCCAUCUCCUCUCCGGCCAACUCCUUUGUGGGGACGCCGUACUGGAUGGCCCCAGAGGUGAUUUUGGCCAUGGAUGAGGGGCAGUACGAAGGGAAGGUGGAUAUCUGGUCCUUGGGCAUCACCUGUAUAGAGCUGGCGGAACGCAAGCCUCCCCUGUUCAACAUGAACGCUAUGAGUGCCUUAUAUCACAUCGCCCAGAACGACUCUCCCACACUCCAGUCCAACGAGUGGUCUGACCCCUUCCGGAGCUUCGUCGACUACUGCCUACUAAAAAUUCCUCAGGAUAGACCCUCCUCUGCUGAGUUACUGAGACAUGAUUUUGUGCGGCGUGAGCGUCCCCCCCGGGUCCUCAUCGACCUCAUCCAGCGGACCAAGGAUGCGGUGCGUGAGCUGGACAACCUGCAGUACCGCAAGAUGAAGAAGAUCCUCUACCAGGAAAAACACAAUGGACCAAUGGGAGAAUCCCAAGAGGAAGAGGAGGAUGGCGAGCAGGCCAGCUGUAAGGUGAACAGCCUCGGCAGCAACCACUCCAUCCCCAGCACCUCGGUCAGCACAGGCAGCCAGAGCAGCAGCGUCAACAGCAUCCAGGAGGUCCUGGACGAGAGCGCCGACCUGCCCAUGAUGCACCCCUAUGACAGCACACUGGAACCUUCACAACACCCCAAAAAGGAUCAUCAGUUCAUCCGGGAUGACGUCACGCAUCGCGAGGCGCGGGCCGAGGGCCGUCCAUCUUCCUCCGACAAGAGCCAGGCCCACAACUAUAAGAACCGCGAGCGUUUCGCCACCAUCAAGUCUGCCUCGCUGGUCACCCGUCAGAUCCACGAGCAUGAGCAGGAGAAUGAGCUGCGGGAGCAGAUGUCAGGGUACAAGCGCAUGCGGCGGCAGCACCAGAAGCAGCUCAUUGCCCAGGAGAACAAACUCAAGACCGAGAUGGACGAGCACCGGCUCAAGCUGCAGAAGGAGGUGGAGACGCAGGCCAACAACGCCUUCAUCGAGCUGGAGAAGCUGGCCAAGAAGCAUGUCAUCCACACGGAGAAGGAGAUGAAAACGGCUGCCGCUGACGAGAAGAAGUUCCAGCAGCAGAUUGUGGCCCAGCAGAAGAAGGAGCUGACCACCUUCUUAGAUAACCAGAAAAAGCAGUACAAACUCUGCAAGGAGAAGAUUAAAGAGGAGAUGAAUGAGGACCACAGCACUCCCAAGAAGGAGAAGCAGGAGCGUCUGUCCAAACACAAGGAGAACAUCCAACACUCCCAGGCCGAAGAGGAGGCACACCUGCUCAACCAGCAGAGGGUCUACUACGACAGGAACUGCCGCGCCUUCAAGCGCAAGAUCAUGACCAAGAGGCAUGAGAUGGAGCAGGAGCAGAUAAGAGAGGAGCUAAACAAGAAGAAGACUCAGAAGGAGAUGGAGCACGCCAUGUUGAUCCGUCACGAUGAGUCCACACAGGAACUAGAGCACCGGCAGCUCAAGGCCCUGCAGAAGCUGCGCAUGGAUCUGAUCCGCCAGCAGCACCAGCGAGAACUCGAGAACCAGAUCGAGUACAACAACCGCCGCGAACGUGAGCUUCACCGCAAGCAUGUUCUCGAACUCCGGCAGCAGCCCAAGAACCUCAAGGUGUUGGAGAUGCAGAUUAAGAAACAGUUCCAGGACACGUGCAAAGUCCAGACCAAGCAGUACAAGGCCCUUCGGCACCACCAGCUGGAGGUGACCCCCAAGAGCGAGCACAAAGCAGUGCUCAAGGCGCUCAAGGACGAGCAGACGCGCAAACUGGCCAUCCUGGCCGAGCAGUAUGAGCAGAGCAUCAACGAAAUGAUGGCGUCGCAAGCGCUGCGUCUGGACGAGGCUCAGGAGGCAGAGUGCCAGGCUCUGAGGCACCAGCUCCAGCAGGAGAUGGAGUUGCUCAACGCCUACCAGAGCAAGAUCAAGAUGCAGACCGAGGCCCAGCACGAACGCGAGCAGCAGAAACUAGAGCAGAAGGUGUCACUGCGCAGAGCCCAUCUGGAGCAGAAGAUUGAAGAGGAGCUGGCCUCCCUUCAAAAGGAGAGAACUGAUCGCAUCAAGCACCUGCUGGAGAGGCAGGAGAGAGAGAUUGACACAUUUGAUAUGGAGAGCGUCCGUCUCGGCGUUGGAAACCUUGGUGCUUUAGACUAUCCCAAGGACGAUUACAGAUGAGACCAGACUCUGCCAUAACCCCCUCCUCUUUUCCAGUAGGAUGACUGGUUGGUUAAUGUUAACAACGUACUUUUUUUUUGGUGGUUGUUGUUUUUGCUACUGACAUCACUUUCGGACGAGUGCCUGUACUGUCCUGCACCACACCAUCAGGGCCCUCCUCUUGUCAUGCCACAAGAUAAAUGCUGGAUGACUCCCAUAGUUGUUGUUUCUUACGAAAAAUGAGAAAAAAAAAAAAAAAAAAAAAAAAAAAGUUUUAAAAAAUUUUAAAGGAAGAAAAAAAGAAUGUCAGUGUUCAGUGUUUCUCGUGCAAUGAUAUCACAUUUAGUGCAAAACAAAGAAAACAUGAAAGAUCAAGCAAUACAGAGUAAUUUGGUGUUACAACAAAAAAAAGAAA